AUGUCACUGACGGUUGCUGAUGGAGGUCGGGGGAGCGGCGAUGGUGGGCACCGGCAGGUGUUCCCAACACUGACGGCGACCAACUACACCUGCUGGAGUAUUCGGGUGCAGGCGAUCAUGGAGGAGCAGGGGUGGUGGGAAGUGAUGGAGCCGCCGGAGGGGAAUUCGGCGGGAGCCCUAACGGAGGCGCAGACGGCGAAGGAUAAGAAGGUGCGAGCGCAUCUCUUCCAGUGCCUGUCGGAUGAGCUGCUGAUGCAAGUGGCGAAGAAGAAGACGGGGAAGGAAGUGUGGGACUCUCUGAAGGCGAGGUUUGUGGGCGCUGAGCGUGUCAAGGACGCGCGCCUGCAGACCCUCAAGACAGAGUUUGAUGCGCUGAAGAUGAAGGAGGAGGAGACUGUCGAUGAGUUCGCCGGAAAACUGACGGCUAUGUCAGUCAAGUACGGGAAUCUAGGUGGGACAUUGGAGGACUCGGCCAUGGUGAAGAUGUUGUUCGACACCUUGCCUGACAGAUUCAUCCAUGUCAUAGCCGGGAUCGAACAGUUCUAUGAUCUCAAAACUUUGGUGUUUGACGAAGCUGUUGGCCGACUGAAGGCGUUCGAGGAGCGAACCAGGCGGGGAGCUGGUGGGUUGCGCUCUGGUGAUGGGCAGGCAUUACUCACUCAAGCUGAGUGGGAGGCACGCCAAAAGAAGUCGAGUGGAGAAGGUUCUGGAGGCGGGAGGUCUCCGGGCAAUGGCGGCCGAGGUCGUGGACGCGGUCGUGGUGGCAGCCGGGGAGGUCAUGGUGGACGCGGCGAUGCGGGGAAGGAAAGCACUGAGAAACGUGACAAAAGUCAUAUCAAGUGCUUUAAGUGCCACUGCUAUGGGCACUAUGCCAACCGCUGUCCCGGUGAGAAGAAGGACGAGGAGGCGCACCAUGCGAGGACGGUGGCGAUGGAGUCGGCAGUGCUGCUCGCGGAAACUGAGGGGCAGGGACCGCUCGAGCCUGCACUGUGCACUAACCUACAUACAGAAGUGAUGCUGGAGGAGAAGAAGGUGUUGCCGGAGCUGUACUUUGUCGGCGAGGGGGAGGUCAUGAACGAUGUCUGGUACCUAGACAAUGGUGCCAGCAAUCACAUGACUGGAGAUCGCCACAAGUUCAGGGACAUGGACCAGACUGCUACUGGCAAGGUACGGUUUGGUGAUGGCUCAUCAGUAGAGAUAAUGGGAAAGGGCUCAAUUUUGUUUCAAGGGAGGACAGAAGAAGGCAGCAAAGCUCAUAGAAUGUUCAAUCCAAAAACAAACAAGAUUGUGGUUAGCAGGGAUGUUGUGUUUGAGGAGACAGUGAAGUGGAGCUGGGAAGCUGUUAAUGAUGAAAAUUUUUCUAAAAACAGAGAUGAGAAGGAUGGUCAAUUCUUCUCUGGUGAUUAUAAGUGUCUUGAUGGUGGUGUUGGUGAUGGACAUGAUGCUCAGGAUGUCAGUGAGACAGGGGGAGCAAGUAGUGGUGGAGAGGAAUCUGCAGUUGGAGGAAAUGGAAAUGCUGAUGACAUUGACAGUCAGUCAGCGUCUGAAGAAAAUCCGACAACAGAGCAGGAGCUAGUGACUUCACAGAAUUCACCACAUCUGUCAGACCUUGGCUCUAACAGCAUGGAUGUAGAUGACACCAUUGACUUGGACAGUGGCCCAAUCAGGUUUAGGAAUCUAAAUGAAGUUUAUAAUGAUUCCUAUGAGGUGGAGCUGAUGGAUGAAAAUGUUGAAGCACUUCUAGUUGAAAUGGAAGAGCCAACUUGUUUCAAAGAUGCAGCUGACAAUCAAGAUUGGAUCAUGAGAUACCUGAGAGGAACCAUUGAGUUUGGACUGGUGUAUGUUCAAGGUGGUGGAACAGGGAUGUUGGUGGGAUACACUGACAGUGAUCAUGGAGCUGACCAAGUGGAGAGAACUAGCACUGGUGGAAUGGCUUUCUACCUAGGUGAGAAUUUGGUGAGCUGGUGUUCCCAGAAGCAGAAGACUGUUGCUCUGUCAUCCUAUGAAGCCGAAUUCAUGGCAGCCACUGCUGCAGCAAGGCAAGCACUAUGGCUGAGAAAUCUGCUGAGUGAAAUCACUGAAGAAAAACCAAGUGCAGUAACUCUCUAUGUUGACAACAAUUCAGCAAGGGCUCUAAUGAACAAUCCAGUGUUUCAUGGAAGGAGUAACCACAUUGAUAUCAAAUAUCAUUUCAUCAGACAGUGUGUGGAGAGGGAGUUGUGGCAUCUGAACCUUGGAAGUAACUCGUUGACUGGACGCUUACCUCCUGAGAUUUGGAGCCUCAAGAAGCUUCAAUUCUUAAUUGUUUCCACGAACAACCUCACCGGACACAUGGUGGUUGAUGGUUUUGCUGCGAGGGGGUUGAAAGUCAUCGCCUUAUCCAACAACAAGCUUGCUGGAGCCAUCCCUGAAGUCUUUGGGCAAUUGGAGAACCUCACAGAAUUAAUGCUCGAUAACAACAGUUUCUCUGGUGAAAUACCAGCAAGUAUCAGCCAGUUGCCAUCGCUUACGAUGUUGUCCUUGGACAGCAACAGGCUUACUGGCACACUCCCGCCAGAGCUCGGGAAGCACUCACCAGGCUUAUCUGUUGUUUCAGUUGAUGACAACAAGCUCACCGGUGGUUGUGUGCUCAAGGCAGGCUUCGGUAUUUCAGUGCCUCAAACAAUCGCUUGA